AUGAAUAUUGUUUAUCAAUUACUUGGAUAUUUUAAUGUCCCAUCUAUAAAUAAUAUUAAAAAUAAUAGUAAUAUAGAAGAUGAAGAAAAUAUUUCUAAAAAAAUUAAUUUACUAGAAAAAAGAAAAAAAGUUAUUGGAAGUAAAUGCCAAAUUUUUUAUGAAGAUGAUCCAUUUGUUGUUUCUAGAGCUUCUAUGCAAUAUUUAUAUGAUGAAAAUGGGACAAAAUUUAUAGAUUGUAUUUCAAAUGUUCAACACGUUGGACAUUGUCAUCCAUAUGUAGUAUCAGAGAUAUCAGAUCAAUUAUCUACCGCAACAUGUAAUGUACGUUUUGUUAAUCCAAAAUUAACAGAAUGUGCUGAAGAAUUACUUAAAACACUUCCUGAAUUUGAUACAGUACUUUUUUGUAAUUCAGGAUCAGAAGCUAAUGAUUUAGCAUUACGUUUAGCUAGAGAUUAUACUAAAAAACGUGAUAUCAUUGUUCUUGAUCAUGCAUAUCAUGGUCAUGUUACAACAACAAUGGAAAUGUCACCAUAUAAAUUUAAUCAUGGAUGUACAAUUAAUCAACCAUCAUGGGUUCAUGUUGUACCUACACCAGAUAUUUAUCGUGGUGAAUAUAGAUUACCUGAUGAUAAACUUAAUGAUAAGGAAGAAUGUAAAAAAGUAGGAAAAAAAUAUUCACAAAAAGUUAAAGAUAUUCUUGAUAAAGAAAAUGAAUAUGGUGUUGCUGCUUUUAUUGGUGAAGCAUUACAAAGUUGUGGUGGACAAAUAAUACCACCAGAAGAAUAUUUUAAAGAUGUUGCAAAGUAUAUCAAAGAUCAUGGUGGUCUUAUUAUUAUUGAUGAGGUACAAACAGGAUUUGGUAGAGUUGGAAAAAAAUAUUGGGCACAUAAACUUUAUGAUGACGGAUUUAUUCCUGAUAUUGUAACAAUGGGUAAACCAAUGGGAAAUGGUUUUCCAGUAUCAGCUGUUGUUACAACAAAAAAAAUUGCUGAUUGUCUUGGUGGUAAAGUUGGUUAUUUUAAUACUUAUGGAGGUAAUCCAGUAGCAUGUCGUGCUGCAUUAGCUGUUAUGAAUACUAUAAAGAAAGAAAAUCUUUUAGAACAUACAGAAAAAAUGGUAAUUGGUGAUGUUCGAGGUAUUGGACAAUUUUGGGGACUUGAUAUUAUUGAAUCACCAAAAACACGUGAACCAAAUUCUAAAUUAGCUUUAUCAUUAAUAUUAAAAUUAAGGCAAGAAUAUCAAAUACUUUUAAAUGCUGAUGGUCCUUAUACAAAUAUUCUUAAAUUUAAACCACCACUUUCUUUUAAUGAAAAUAAUUUAAAUGAAGUUAUUGAAGCUAUUCAUAGUGCAUUAAUUUCAUUAGGUUAUUAA